ACGCCCAGCUGGGAACUAUUUAUCGCUUUGAGCUAAACGAAAAGACUUCCAGUGUGCCUUCGCUACUUGUUUUAAAUUUAUAUAAUACGAUUUAUAUUAUAUAGUACAUAAAUAUUUUUAUAUACUACGCGUAGCAUGAAACAGCGAAAUCGUAGGAAUAAUAAAGCACUCAAACGUCGCCAGCAGCCAGACAAUAAUAAUCAAAAGUGUUGUUUGAGUAAAAAGCAUUUUAAUAGCAAUGCGACCCUUGAGGAAAUUCGCAUUGCGGCCGCGCGUAUUUGCCGAGACUAUCUAACUGGACCCUGGAAAGUGGUUACUCCACAGAAUUUGGUGGUGAAGCGCAUAAGGAGAGACUUAAAGACUCUACUGAAGCACAACAUUUCAAAAAUACUUUUUUCUUCCAGUGGCGGUCUGUCAAAUUUUUUGUAUUACGUAAGCCUUCCCAAUUUAAAUGACUACGAUGAACUGGAGGAACAAAAACAGCAGCAGGCAAAUGUCAAAGUCAGCGAAGAUGUCAUAGCGGCCACCGAAACUAUGACCAAUAGCAGCAUGAUUUUCACUCACGACGAUGACUCGGCUGCCAAGGCGGUUGGUGUAACAUUCGUGGCGACGAAAUUAAUAAAAAACGAAGACGUCACUGAAGCAGCACCAAGCGCCAAACAAGCACACAAACGUCAGCGGUGCGAUAGUGAUAGUCGCGACUCCAGUUCUUCGAAACGAUUGCACGCCCUCAAGCAGGAACCCCGUGAGGUCCUACUGCGAAUUUAUGGUCAGACCCAUGGCGAUCACGCGCUGGAGAGCAUGAUUACCGAGUCCGUAGUAUUCGCCCUUCUCAGUGAACGAAACUUCGGCCCGAAACUGCACGGAAUCUUUCCGGGUGGACGCAUUGAGCAAUAUAUUCCGGCACGCGCUUUGACCACAGCAGAAUUAGGAGAGCAACGAAUAUUGAUGAAAGUUGCAGAGAAAAUGGGUGAGAUCCACAGUCUCAAUAUACCCAUGUCUAAAGAACCCGAUUGGAUAUGGAAUUGUAUGCAGCGUUGGGUUUCCGGUUUAGAGAGCAUUGUUAGCGGCAGUGUUCAAACGAAUCCAAAAUCGUCGGUAGUGAAGAAGCAAAUGCAAUUGAUGCGGACUUUUGACUACGUUCAAGAAAUCGCCUGGAUUAGGUCGAUUAUCGAUGAAGGGGAAUAUCCAGUUGUGUUCUGUCACAAUGAUCUGCAAGAAGGCAACAUUCUAAUGAGACAAUCGACAGCUGGUCAAAACGAUGGGACCCCCCGGGAAUCUAUAAGUAGCCUGAGAUCCAACUUCGAUGAAACAUUGGGUGAUAGCCUUGAUGGAAAUAGCAAUAUAUCGGACACAGAGACAAACAAAUCACAUAGCGUGUCGCCUUCACCAUGUACUGAGCUGGACACAACGAAUGACUCAGCCCUGGAUGCCAGCUUCAUAGGCGAUAAUGAGCCGGAUCUUAUUAUCAUUGACUUUGAAUAUUGUGCCUACAACUACCGUGGUUAUGAUCUUGCCAAUCAUUUUAUUGAGUGGACUUUCGACUACACCAAUCCACAGUUCCCUUACUUCUACCAUAACUCAACCAACUGCGCAACUGUGCAGCAGCGCCGCGACUUUAUUGUAAACUAUUUAAAGAAGUAUCACGAUGACGAGAACUAUAAUAUCACUGGUCAGGAGCUGAUAAAAGUAGACGGUGAGAUUCAGUUCUUUACAAUGCUGUCUCAUCUAUUCUGGAGCCUUUGGUCCGUAAUUAAUGUCACAUCGGCGAUUGAGUUUGGUUAUUGGGAAUAUGGUAUUGCUCGAAUUCUGGAAUAUCAAAAGCUAAAGGCAGCUUAUCAAGCUAAAUAAAUCAAAUAUUUGAACCUUUACAUACAUCGAAUCAGAACCAUAGUUAACUAGACUAAACAUAAUUGACCUUUCAAUACCCGUCCGUCUUUGUCCGUGUUUAUAACAUUUUUAGCAGACAUUUUUUUUAGUUGGUUAACUUAUCUAGUUCAUACAAAACAUUAAAAAAUAUCAAACUUUUUAAAAAGACUGUCAGAAUUUGCAAUGAAUAAUUUGCUUUUCAUAAUUGGAAAUUGCGUCAGACAGGUUAAAGAAAAUAACAAUUAUAACAAUAUUAUGUAUCUUUAAUAGUUGUUCCUAUUGCGAAAGUGGUACAAGAUUGUUUAGCAGAUACGAUUGAAAGUAUUACAGUCAGCACCAAUCACAUCCUUUAAUAUUGUAUUUAAGGCAAUCUUAUUCCUUGCUUGUAUAGAUUAUAUUUCCCAUACACAAACACGUUAUAUUACUUUCGAAUUUAUGACUUCCUAAUUAAAUGUCUUAUAAGUUUAAUCAUUACUUUCGCAUCUAAGUAAUGCUUUUUAUUUAUCACACUAUACUAUUUGAUACAGUAAAGUUUUAGUUGUAUUUUAUAUCAAAAUUAUAUUUCAUUUAAUUCAUGAAGGACUUCUUACGAUCUGAGUAAUUUGGCCAUUUUCAAUCGAGUUCCUUCAAUGAAUCUUACUAACUGUGCCAAUUAAUAUUUUUUUGCUUUUAGAAUUAAAAUUGGUUGAGUACAUGGUAAUUAAAAAAAACAAA